GACGAGGCCGAGUCUCGGGCGCGUGACGUCACAGACGUCGAUCGCUCACGCCUCCGCGUGGGCGGAGUCGGGCGCUCGUUUCCUUCCGCCGUGUGGAAAACCCGAGCGGAUGUUUUGCCGUGCGCGGUUCUGGGCCGAUAUCAGAUCCCGACCCGUGCGCGUUUGAGGGCUUUCCUGUAGAUCCCAAGCACCGACGAGCUCUCGAGACGGCGACGGCCGCCACUCGGACACAAGUCGCUCGCGAAGUCCGAGACGGCCUCCGCACAACAUGUCUGCGGGCCCCGGGCGCGCCAGCGCCGAACCGUGGGGGAGCUUCGACGAGCCCGUCGUCCAGGGCGGCUUUGGCGCGCAGGGCGGCGGCGGUUCGGCGGUCAUCGACAUGGAAAACAUGGACGACACGUCGGGCUCCAGUUUCGAGGACAUGGGAGAGAUGCAUCAGCGGAUGAAAGAAGAGGAGGAAGUGGCGGCGGAGGCGGCGGACGCCGACGACCAAGACGGAGACUUCUUGGGCAUGAAGGGCUUCAAGGGCCAGCUGGGCAGGCAGGUGGCGGACGAAGUGUGGCAGGUGGGAAAGCGCCAGGCGUCCCGAGCCUUCAACCUGUACGCCAACAUCGACAUCCUCAGGCCCUACUUCGAUGUGGAGCCGGCGCAGGUGGAUGGCAGGUUGAUUGAGUCCAUGAUUCCCGGCCGCAUGAUCAACUUCCCUCAGAAGAUUGCAGGUGAGCUGUAUGGGCCGCUCAUGCUGGUUUUCACGCUGGUUGCCAUCUUGUUGCACGGCAUGAAGACAUCCGGGACCGUCAUCAGGGAGGGCACUCUGAUGGGAACGGCGAUCGGAACGUGUUUCGGGUACUGGCUGGGAGUGUCGUCUUUGAUCUACUUCCUGGCGUAUCUGCUCAAUGCUCAGAUCACCUUGUUGCAAACGCUCUCCCUGCUCGGCUACGGCUUGUUCGGCCACUGCGCGGUUCUCCUGGUGAGCUACAACGUGCACGUCCACCUGCUCUUCUACACCCUGUGGCUGCUGCUGGGAGGACUGUCCACCCUGCGCAUGGUGUCGGCUCUGCUGUCUCGCACGGUGGGCGCGACUCCUCGCCUGCUGCUGUGCGCGACGGCGUCCGCGCUGCACAUGCUCUUCCUGCUCUACCUUCACUUUGCUUACCACAAGAUGGUGGAAGGCCUUCUGGACUCCCUGGAAGGAUCCAACCUCGCCGCCAUGCAGCGGGUGGCCAGAGACGUGGAGCAAGUGAGGAUCAACAGCACCGCUGCCCUCGCCAUGUGACCCGCGCACGUCACCCGCCCCUCUGCUCCUCCUCUCUGUUCGUGGAUACGGUUGUCUUUGUGCCGUGGAAUUAGGCUAGUUGGUGCUGCUUUGGACCAAAAUAGAUCAUUUUGCCCCCCCGACACUUUUGUGUGUGUGUGUGUGUGUGUUAGGGGGAGGGGGAAUGCCAUAGGGGUGGGGUGUCUUGUGACUGCUCCCAAAACCACAAAACGAUGACCAUGGUUCACCCACACCGGAUUUUAAGCGCAUUAUCUGUGGGACAGUACAGCAAAACAGGAAACGGAAAAGAUCAUUCAGUACUUUGCAAAAUAAGAGCAAAACAGUUUCAGUGUGCCAAAUGCAUUUGAGAGAAUAGCAACCUAAUUACUGCCCCACACACACACACCUUCUCAUAGUAAUACAAAAAGCACUUGUUCAUUCAUUCA